AUGUCACACCAAGCUCUAUGUGUGGAAUCAUCCACAUCAAACUCUACAGCAGACAACAGGCAGGCAGAACAUAAUGCUCCUGGGAUUGGCAUAGAGUUUGAAACAUCAGUAAUCCAACUCCAGAGCCAGAAUAGAGAUUGUACCCACAAAGACUUGAAGAAGGCCAAGGGAAAACUACUCGGAAAGAGGAAGGGUGAGCUUUGGGCGCUGACGGGGGAUACCACGCUUGAAAAACCAGGUACUCUGACCGCUGAGUAUAUACUCGACAGAAGAAAGGCAAAGAUCGGGAAAGGAUUGGCUGUAAAGGGAGCCAAUGAUGCUUCCGUCGAUCUUGUCAACUGGAGUCCCUACGCAAAUCCCCUAGCAUAUCUCAGUGCACUCUCCGUGGAUGAACCAGCGGUUUGGCACAUCAAUCCUUUCUACGUGGUCUAUCCAGAAGCACCCAAGGACGUUGAUACUAUCAAAUGGUCUUAUCAAGUGACAGCACCAAUGCCCUUACGGGCGAUCAAUAACUUGAUGAGGCAAGGCAAAAGGAAUAUGACAAGUCCUCUGUUGCCGUCGCUUACGCGACUCACCGACCGCAUGAAUUGGGUUCAGCGUGGCUUUUUCCGGUCCCGACCAGAGGGUAUCGACCCCAGCGACCUUUCCGAAGAUGCACUGGGGUUCUUUGCUCUUGUCCUAUCAUAUGCCAAAGCAUCGGCGUACGGAGCUGCGGAAAAGAGCCCAAAGAUGGAUACAUCCAUCAUGCCGCGAACGGAUUUCGUGGCAAUGUUCCAGCUGACAGGCUUGGAACGGCUUUUGGAAAACAAAUCCUUAUAUGAGAUAGUAAGAGUCGGUGCCUGUUAUAAUGCCGUCGAUGAUGAUAUUGUUGAAAUCGAUUUCAGGUGGAGUGAUGGUGACCUGGACCAUCCAUUGCCAAACAAGAGAUUCGACGAGCUGGAAUUCACAUUUGAACGUCACAAAUUGAAUGUAAAGGAAUGGAUUGAAGCUAUUCAGGGGCGCCAGGACCUCCUCAAGGGAUUUGACGGGAAAGGCGAUGGCCAAAUCGGAGGGCUCGGCGAUAGAACUGAAUGGAUAUUGGGCACAACGCGCCCUGUUCCGAUAUUUGAGUUCCGAGACCUGGGCAGUUGUACGAGGCUCGAAUGGGGAACGACAGUGGACGCAGCUGAACAGUGCGUAAUCCAGCACCACAGAGAAGCCGCCCAGCAAGGUUCAUAG